GUCCUCAUACCUGGACACCCAUCCCGUGCUAAACGGCAGCAUUUCCACAGCAUGCGCUUGAUUAGGCUACUCAGUGAGAAAGGACCCCUUCUUAGACCACUCUUCAAGAUCCGCGCUCUUAUAAUGACAGCCCCAGAAAAACUCGUUGAUUUCUAGCGAGGGAGGUGCUAUUACGCACCAAACGAGUGUCCUAUCCAAUUAUCUGGAAACCCGGCUUGUGUUGUAAUUGAAUCCUUAUUCCCCAACCGGUUGUUAUGGAUGGAGGUCGAGAGAGGGGUUAGUUAGUGCCUGUUGCUCUUUCCUGGUGCAGCAUGUUGCACGGGGGGUCACUCGCUUUAUCAGUCCUCAGGAUGGGCAAGUUGGAGGGAUUGAGGACGCUGCGCCGCCAACAAGAAUAAUUCACUCGUUUUCGGAGAGACGAUACGACUAGCGGAUAUCUUGGUUCCACCAUGCAAUACGUUCGCCUGGGUCGAUAAUUUACGCAAUUUUUAGGAGGAGUUUGCCUUUAUUACAUGUGAAGUUCAAUGCUGGAAUAUAAUUUUUAAUACGGAGUGUUUUCUUGUGUUUGGAGCGUUUUUUGUGUGUGAAGAACCUGCAGAGCAACUUUUGGAACAAAUUACGCAUACGCAGAGGAUGGUGUUUUACAUGUAGAGUGAAAGUUUCGCUCUGCGCUCUGUUGGGUCAUUAUUGUAUUACAUUUUUGUAUGUUUUCUGCUUUGCUAACAAUAUUCAAGAACGAAAUAGGUUUAAAGUCCUGGACUGCAGGAGAAAUGGCCAGCGAACUGAAACCACGGCUUUGUAUCAUGACAAAGAGUGAGAACGGGUAUGGGUUUCACUUGCACGGUGAGAAGGGGAAGAACGGCCAGUUCAUUCGCAAAGUUGAGCCCGCGUCGUCAGCCGAAGCUUCGGGGCUGCGCCCGGGGGACCGUGUCAUUGAGGUGAACGGGGGAAAUGUGGAAAAAGAUACGCACCAUCAAGUGGUGCAGAGGAUCAAGGCGGUGGAGCAUGAGACCAGACUGCUGGUGGUAGACCGGGAGACGGACGAGUACCUCCGCAGCCUGCGCCUCGUCUGCACCGAGGAGAUGGCUGUCCGUCUGGGGGGACCCACCUCUGUGUCCCCUGCCUCACCCCCAGCCUCACCACCCCCCUCCUCGCCCCCAGCCAAGAGAGAGAACGGCUCCGUGUCCAAGCUGCCCACUACCCUGACCAGAGAGGUACCCAAGCCCACGCGAAGGUCUCCGUCGCGGGCCGCCAAGAAGGAGGCUCUGGCCCAUGUUAAUGCCCAUGCCCAGGUGGCGCGGACACCAGUGGACCCAUCGGAGCUGUUCCCCAGGCUAUGCCACCUGGUGCGGGCCGAGACUGGCUACGGCUUCAACCUGCACAGUGAGAAGUCCCGGCCGGGCCAGUACAUCCGCUCCCUGGACCCUGGGUCUCCAGCCGACCACGCCGGGCUCAGACCACAGGACAGACUCAUAGAGGUGAAUGGGGUGAACGUGGAGGGCAUGCGUCAUGCGGAGGUCGUGGCCUUCGUAAAGAGAGGAGGAGAUGAGACCAGGCUGCUGGUGGUGGACCCUGACACAGACCAUCACUUUAAGAAGAUGGGUGUCACCCCAUUGGCCAGCCACGUUAAAGACUUUGAUGGUCCGUCCAUAUCCAACGGCUCCCCCAGUCCUCAGAUCAACGGCAGCUUCACCAGCAGCUCCAUCCAGUCACACCACUCUGACCUGAGCAGUCCAGACAACAGCCUGCAGCUGGGAGAGGACGAGGCGAGCCGUCUGAUGGACCCGUUUGCUGAGAUCGGCCUGCUCCUGAGUCCCACAGCGGCUGAGGCCAAAGAGAAGGCACACGCCAAGAGAGCCAAGAAGAGAGCCCCUCAGAUGGACUGGGACAAAAAACACCAGCUCUUCAGCAACUUCUGAACUUUUCUGCCACCCAAUGAGAGAAGCAGAAAGACUGAAGACUGUCGAAUUUGACAUUUCUGAAACUUACCUUCAACAUUCCUACCCGUUACCCCACCACCACUACCACCCAAUCCAACAGAAGAGAAUAUGCAGAUAGAAUGUUGUACUUUGAACGUUGGCCAUCCAACACCCACUCCCCCCUGCUUCCAAAAUGGACGGGAUGGAAUGAUGGACAUCUCAUCCUUUACCCCUCCUUCAAUCCUCCCUUCUUCCACCCUUCUCUAUACCCUCAUCCCACCCAGAGAGCUUGUCUACUGGACUGGAAUAAGAGACUCCAGCUUCUUCUGAAUCCUCCCGUCAUCAUCAGUCUUUCCCUAAACUAUCCAAUGUCCCUCCUCUACCACUAACUCCCACCUCCUCUUCUACCACUAACUCCCACCUCCUCUUCUACCACUAACUCCCACCUCCUCUUCUACCACUAACUCCCACCUCCUCUUCUACCACUAACUCCCACCUCCUCUUCUACCACUAACUCCCACCUCCUCUUCUACCACUAACUCCCACCUCCUCUUCUAUCACUAACUCCCACCUCCUCUUCUACCACUAACUCCCACCUCCUCUUCUACCACUAACUCCCACCUCCUCUUCUAUCACUAACUCCCACCUCCUCUUCUACCACUAACUCCCACCUCCUCUUCUACCACUAACUCCCACCUCCUCUUCUACCACUAACUCCCACCUCCUCUUCUACCACUAACUCCCACCUCCUCUUCUACCACUAACUCCCACCUCCUCUUCUACCACUAACUCCCACCUCCUCUGAGGACUGCUCUGGAAAGAGGAGGCACUUAUUUUUGUAUUUAGAAAGUAGAAAAGCACCAUGAUAGGUGUUAGCCAGCCCAGCUAUAAGAAGUAUGGGGAAUAUGGACUAUGUGAGAUGUUUGUGAACACUGUGACCUGAUCUUAAACAUUGGGGUUUGUUUUGACCCUGUAAGAGAAGGAACGUACGCCCAAAGAUGGAUAAAACUCUUCCUCCUAUGAUCCUGCUGUGAUUUUGUGUGAUCGAUGCGCCUCAGACGACUUCAAGGAUUCACUCACCAGGAAAAGCACAAACUGGAGGCUGAAUAGCAUUGCUUCUGUAUCAUCUCUGUUUGUAUUUGUAUCAAAGCAUCUGUUUUCUCACAAUGUCAUAACAUUUCCACUUUGCUCCCUAUGUUGGAUAUGAACUGGUAUUCAUAGAUGGUGUUAACAAUGCAUAGACAAUCAAAAGCCUUACUCCACCCAUCCCUCCCUCUCAAUAUGAUAGCAUUUAAGAUACAUUGACUAAAUGCAUGCAUACAUGCACACACACAAGCCCCCUAUGAUUCUCUAGCCUAUAGGCCUGCUUCACUCAUUCUAAGGCAGUUUUAGUUUAUUUAAGGGACCCUUAUCUUUGACAUCAAUGACAUCCUCUCCACUAUUUCAUAUCCCAAUGUCCCCGACAUAGAAAUAGAAUUACUAGAAUGGGAAUUCCUCAAUCAAGUUAAGAGUGAAUAGAACAAGCGUUGAGUUUUUUACACUGCCUGUCUAGUACACCAGGGGGUGCCAAUAAGACACACAGCAACAUGAAGCCACUCCAGUACACUGCUCAGAGAUGUAUGAGGAUUGGGACAUGAAAGUACCAUAGCAGGAGAAGAUAGUCUGGGGAUGAUAUGACCACUUUAAAGAUGUAUGAGAUCUAUGUAACACCUUGUAACAUUUACAUAAAGCCUGCAGGUAUGUGUUAUUACUAGUUAUGAGUAUUUAUCAUGCUUUACCUGUUAUAGGCAAAUAUAAUGCUAUAUUACUUGCUACAGUAUGAGCAUGUAUAAUGCUGUAUUACUUAUUAUGAGCAUCUAUAAUGUUUUAUUACUUGUUAUGAGCAUCUAUAAUGUUUUAUUACUUGUUAUGAGCAUCUAUAAUGCUGCAUUACUAGUUAUGAGCAUCUCCAUCUAUGAGCCGAACACCUUUUAUAUGCAAAAGUAUAGAUACAAAUAAUGUAUGAAAUAACAAGAUGGAUAUUGUACGGGAUUGAAAGUGAGCCCAGCGUAUCAAAGAAAGCUUACAUCAUUCAGUGUUGAUGUGAUGUUGUGGUAAUGUUCUGCUCAUGUUGUGGUACAGUGAUGACAGACUGACAUAGUGCUUGUAUCAGCUACUCCAGACUGGGCUGUCUUUCUGUUUCACUUCAGAAGGGAAGGACACAGUUAUUUUUGUACAACAUGCCUGAAUGCUGUGGAUUGUGGAUCGGCUGUGGUAUCAGGGGCUUUGGUAUGGGACUAUAGCCUGGUCGCAGAUCUAUUUGUGCGAUAUUGCCAACUCCUAUGGUCAUUAUCAAGAGGCGUCACAACAAUAGCCAUAGGAGUUGGUAAGACAGCACAAACUGAUCUCGGACCAGGCUAUUCUGAGCUAUGGGGCUAGGGGCUCUGAUCAGUGGGCCUGCCCAGUGGGGGCUGUGGUGGUGGGGUGGUGGGGCAGUGGGGUGUGUGGGAGAGGCCUAUCCUGGAGGUCAGACUCAGAGAUGCUCUAAUGAAUGAGACCAGGGGAGCAACAGGACUUACAAGAGAUUAGUCCUAGCAUAGGAUAGCAUGGGGACAGCUGUCCUGCACACAGACACACCCCAGACCAAACCACUGUCACGCCUCAUAGGGGGGUGAAGAUCAAGUUUAUCUUACUGUGUGUGUGUCAUCCACUGUUACGGAUAGUAAUCUCAGGUCCCCCCGGUCGUUCAUAUUGUGGUAGGAUCUACACAAAGAGAACACUCCCCAGACCAAACCACUGCUACAUCUCAUACGGGGGUGAAGGGAGAUAGAAGGCGAAAGUUUGUCUCUGUGUCAUCCAUUGUUACUAUUCACCCAGGGUCCGUGCUGAUCUAGGAUCAGUUUUGCCUUUUAGAUCAUAAUUAAUAAGAUUAUAUGGACAGGAGGGACCUGAUACUAGUUCAGCACUCCUACUCUGAGACGCUUUCUGAAUACGGGCCCAGGUCCCCCCUGGAGGUUCAUAUUGUGGUAGGGUCUGCGGGUCCCUGGUUGGGCUCGGUCUGAGGUACAGGCCAGGGUCAGCUGUGCUAUGCGGCGCCGACACCACACUUAGGACAGAGAGAAAUGUCUGAUCUGUUUUCAUAUAUUGCACAAUUUAUUUUUGUUAAUACGCAUAUUGUCAUUACUAUUACUCAUAAUAGUACAGAUAAAACCGUUUUUAUUUCUCUGGUUUCCAUUUGGGAUCUAGCACCAAUGUGUUUGCAUAAGGGUUUUUACUAUUGGUCCAUAUGAUAAGCUGACCGUUAAACCCUGAGCAGAAUGGUAUAUGACCCAUGUAUAUUUACAUUUUAGUCAUUUGGCAGACGCUGUUAUCCAAAGCAGCUUAAAGGAGCAAUUUGGGGUUAAGUGCCUUGCUCAAAAGUUUGUUGACAGAUUUUUCACCUAGUUGGUUUGGAGAUUCCAACCAGUGACCUAUCGGUUACUGGCCCAAUGCUCUUAACCACUAGGCUACCUGCCUCCCUACAGUAUAUAUACGGCAGGUUGUAUUUUUUCAAUAAAGUGUGACAAUCUCCUCCUGGACUAUAUGACAUCA